UUCGUUUUUAGUUGUUGAUGAAAAAGGCGUCCAAACGAUUUGGGGUUUGGGUCCGUUCUUAAGUUUCUUGUAUAUUUUUAUUGAUACAAAUACUAUCAAUUACUGAUAACACUCUGUUCUAUAUAUUCAUUGUUCCAAAGUCGAGUGGAAUCUUACUAAUCAUGGAGCUAUUGAAGAGUAUCAAUAAUAAAGAAAUUUUCAUGGAGGUUCUCCAUUUGUCUAUUGAGUUUUUGAUUGGCAACAUCAACGACCAACAAGCACUACGUUUCUCACACAAGUUCGGCUUCCAAAAUCCCGACGAUUUCUUACUUGCCACGCGCACAAUAUCGAAGUACUACAAGCAAUGUUGUUCAGAUGGUGGGGAUACGGAUAUUUCUGAAAAAUUGUCCUAUUUGAGUCCAGAGCUAAGACCGCUUGUGCCCUUGGUGCUCGCGGCGAGACUCGAUGCAGUCGAAUUAGCCCUUGGAAGAAGCGAAUACCUUAAGAAUCACGUCAAGUUUGUGAUGUCCUUCUCCUGGGACACGCGCCUUAUAUUGGGCGACAGCAGUUUUAGAAGCAAUAUUCGGCAAGUGGCAACAAUAAAUUUGCAUUGCCAAUCAAAUUCGAAUCGCGAAGUUAUCUACUUUGAAAUGGAUUUAAAAAAACUAUGCGCUAUGAUUGAAGUAUUAGAAAAGUCUCUUAAGAGCGACUAAAUUGUUAUAAUAUAAUUCUAAAUAUUCUUAAGACUAUAUUUAUGCAAUUGUAAAUAUGUACAUACAUAUAUUCCCAAAAUACAAUAUGUUUAUGUAUGAUUAGAAAUAAACUAGAUAAAAACAUUUACUUUUAACAAAAACAUAA